GGGGCCGUUCGGAGCCGCUUCUCCCCCGACCGCGGCACCGGGUCCGGUACCGACCCCGCCCGCACCGCCCCGGCCCGGCCCGGCCCCGACCGCAGCGCUCCGGGGGCGGCAGCGGAAACGGCACCGGGAAUAACGGGAACGGCCGCGGAGCAUCGCCGGGAAUAACGGGAACGGCGCCGCGGAUAACGGAGAGCGGCACCGGCGGCGUCGGGAGCGCGCAGCGGCCCGCGGGGCCGCGCACCCCGAGGCCAUGGCCUGCCUGCACGAGACGCGGACGCCCUCCCCGUCGCUGGCGGUGGCCUCGGAGGGGACCCCGGAGCAGGAGCUGACCCCGACGCAGUGCGCCCUGAGAGAAGGACCCCCCCCCAUCCCCGCCGCCCCCGAGGCCUGGCCCCGCCGCGGCCCCCCCCGUGCUGCAGAACCCGGCGCUGCGGGGCCGCUGGCGGCGGAGGGGGCCCAUCUGCGGUGCCAGGCGGCGGGGGGGUUCCUGGAGGGGCUCUUCGGGUGCCUCAAACCUGUCUGGAGUAUGAUUGGGAAGGCCUACAGCGCCGAGCACAAACACCCGGCCGAGGACCCCUGGGAGGUGCCGUUCGAGGAGAUCCUGGACCUGCAGUGGGUGGGCAGCGGUGCGCAGGGGGCCGUUUUCCUGGGCCGCUUCCACGGCGAGGAGGUGGCGGUGAAAAAGGUGCGGGACCUGAAGGAGACCGACAUAAAACACCUCCGCAAACUGAAACACCCCAACAUCAUCACCUUCAAGGGUGUGUGCACCCAGGCGCCCUGCUACUGCAUCAUCAUGGAGUUCUGCGCCCAGGGUCAGCUCUACGAGGUGCUGCGUGCCGGGCGCAAGGUCACCCCUUCGCUCCUGGUGGAUUGGUCCAUGGGCAUCGCCGGCGGCAUGAACUACCUGCACCUCCACAAGAUCAUCCACCGCGACCUCAAGUCGCCCAACAUGCUCAUCACCUACGACGACGUGGUGAAGAUCUCGGACUUUGGCACCUCCAAGGAGCUCAUUGAUAAGAGCACCAAGAUGUCCUUUGCUGGCACGGUGGCCUGGAUGGCUCCUGAGGUCAUCCGCAACGAGCCCGUCUCCGAGAAGGUCGACAUCUGGUCCUUCGGGGUGGUGCUGUGGGAGCUGCUGACGGGUGAGAUCCCCUACAAGGACGUGGACUCCUCGGCCAUCAUCUGGGGGGUGGGCAGCAACAGCCUCCACCUGCCCGUCCCCUCCGGCUGCCCCGACGGCUUCAAGGUGCUGCUGCGGCAGUGCUGGAACAGCAAACCCCGGAACCGGCCGUCCUUCCGGCAGAUCCUUCUGCACCUCGACAUCGCCUCCGCCGACGUCCUCUCCACCCCACAGGAGACCUACUUCAAAUCCCAGGCAGAGUGGCGCGAGGAGGUGAAGCUGCACUUUGAGAAGAUCAAAUCGGAGGGGACGUGUCUGCACCGCCUGGAGGAGGAGCUCAUCAACCGGCGGCGCGAGGAGCUGCGGCACGCGUUGGACAUCCGGGAGCACUACGAGCGCAAAUUGGAGCGCGCCAACAAUCUGUACAUGGAGCUGAGCGCCCUCAUGCUGCAGUUGGAGCUGAAGGAGAAGGAGCUGCUCCGACGGGAGCAGGCGCUGGAGAAGCGCUACCCCGGGCUCUUCAAACCGCGGGCGCCGCGGGGGCUGCUGCAUGGGAACGCCGUGGAGACCCUCAUCAAGAAGCGCAACGUCCCCCAAAAGCUCUCACCCCACAGCAAGCGCCCCGACAUCCUGAAGCCGGAGGUGCUGCUCCCCAAACUGGACGCAGCCAUGGCGCAGGUGGCCCUCCCGGGCUGCCCCAAAGGCCCCCCCUCUCCAGGACGCAGCCGCAGGGCCAAAGGACGACACCGCAAAGGGGGGUCCCGGGGGGGCUGUGGAGAACCCGGCCCCGAAGCCGGACCCCCCCGAGGGCUGCCCGGACCCCCCUCGUCCACCGCUGGCCCCGACCUCCUGGGGGGCACUUUGGAGGCUGCGGGGGUCCCCCCGGCGGCAGAGCCCAAUGUGGGGUCCGGGGGGGCGGUGGGCACCCAGGGGAGCCCCCCAGCGCAGCCCCCCACAGCCGGGGACAGCGAGAGGGACAGUGGUGCUGCCCGGGGGGGGCGAGGGGGGGCCGGGCAGCAUCUGACCCCCGCAGCAAUGCUGUACCGCGCAGCUGUGACGCGGGGACAGAAGCGGGGGGUGUCGUCGGAGGAGGAGGAGGGAGAAGUGGACAGCGAAGUGGAACUGCCGCUGCGGCAGAGGUGGCCCCCGGGUAUGACCAAACGGCAGUCGCUGUCGACCUUCAGCUCGGAGAACUUCUCGGAUGGGGACGGGGACGGCGAUGGGGAUGAGGGGCACACGAGCGAACCCUCCCACAGCGCCACCCCCGACGUGGGCAGCACCAACACCGACGAGCGCCCCGACGACCGCUCCGAGGACUUACUGUCGCAGGGCUCCGAGAUCCCCCUGGACGCCGCCCCCCCCGAGGGUCGUCGGCACGGGGGGGUCAGCCCCAAGGUCUCGGAGGACUCUGACUGCGACAGCGCAGAAUUGGACCACUCGGGCAGCGCAGAGGGACCCCCCCGGCCCACAGCCCCCCCCGGCCUGUGACUUGCACCCCCCACCCCUCCGCACACACACACAGACACCCCCCUCCCCCCCCCCCACACCACCACUUGUACAGCCCCAAAUAUUUAUAUAAAUAUUUAUCGAUCUCUACA